AGCAAAUUUUGAAAUCGAUCCUGAAAACUCCAAACCUAGUCGAAUCGCUUUCAAUCGUUCGAAUCGUUGCCAAUCGUUGAAUCGCUCUCAAUCGUUCAAAUCAUUGUCAAUCGUUGAAUCGCUCUCAAUCGUUAGAAUCGUUGAAUCGCUCGCAAUCGUUCAAAUCCUCAAACACUGAAUUGCUCUCAACUGUUCAAAUUGUCAAUCACUGAAUCGCUCUCAAUCGUUCUAAUCGCUCCUAAUAGUGGAAUCACUUCUCAGCCACUGUUUGUUUCAAGCACCGAUUUAAGGUACUCAAUAGAAAAAAUUAUUUUCCUUUUCAAUUCUUUGAUUAUAUGAAAUAUUUAUUUUCAGGUUCUUCUCUAUCUCUUUCUCCAUUUUUUUCUCUUUUUUUUCAUAACAAUCUUCAAGUUUUUUAAGAUUUUAAGCGGUUAUUUUAAUCUGUAUGCUGUUAGAUGGAUUUUGGUUACUUUCUCAUUAUGAAUUCUGAAUUCUGAAUACUCUUUACGGCAAGACGACGCCAAAUCAUAUGAAUCAUUAUUUUUUAGAUUAUUUUUUUACUUGAAAAUGAAGGGGUUGGGAAAUUGGGAAGUUGGAUUAUUGUUGUUGUUGAUGAUUGUUGCUGUUGCAGGUUUAGGUUUACGAAUCAAGAUCGAAUUGUUGUUAUUACAACCGUUUUAAAACUCGCACUCCAAGUGUUCGACAAAUUGCCCAACCAAGUUUAUUUUCCUUUUUCUUAUGAAUUAUGGUGCUGAAUUGUUGUUAUUAUUUGUUUCACUUGCUGAACUUGUGAAGGAAGGAAGUAUUGAAGCAAGCUCUUUUAUUCCGGAGUCAUAUCUAUUAUGUGAUAGUGUGAAUAAUUUGUAGCAAGCUCUUUUAAACAACAAAGCAACUUAUGAGCAGCUUAUGCAGUUCGCAUUGUGGUCACUUGCUUAGAGACUAGUUUUUGGAAUUGAUGAACAGAAUAACAAAGAAGCUUAUGAGAUUGGAUUACUCGCAAAAUAAAUGUUUUCAAUACUGCACGUUUGAUUGAGAUGCGAAAUGUGCCACCUUUGAUUGAUCUUGUUUUAACUUCAACAACACAAGAAAGUGUGAUUUUUGCUCUUUUGAAGCAUAGUAAUGGUUGCGAGGUUAUCACAAAGAGUCGACGUUUAGAUUCUAUAAUUAUAGUUCUCAGACGAGGUUAUAGUUUAGAGGCUCGCAGAAUUGCAGCUGUUUUGGUAGCUUUGGCAGAGAACAUGGAUGGUUCUCGUGCUGUAUUAGAAGCUUCAAGUUUAUCUUCGGUGGUUGAGAUUUUGCAAUCCGCAACUUCAUGUGUUGAGAAGGAGUAUUAUGUUUCCGUUUUGUUUUCACAGUGUGCUAAUAUUGAUGGUGAGAUUGUUAGUAUUUUGGUGAAAGUUGGUUAUGUGAUUAUGCCUUUUCUUUAUGCUAUUCUUAUGGAUGGUGUUCCUCCAGCGGAGAAAAGAAAGCAAGAAAACUUAUUAAUGUGUUACAAGAAUUUGACGAGAAUAAAUCUUUGGGCACUUAUUUUGCAUCAAAGAUUACUUAAGUCGAAUUAGUUAGUUUGAAGCUUCUUCCAUUUUCUCCUCCAGGUUUUUAAUUCUC